AUGAUCACCCAGUCGAGCCGGAUUUUGACACCUCGACCACCCCACAAACGCUCCAGAGCAAUCUAUCAAUGCACCGAGUGUCGCCAACGCAAGACUCGGUGCAGCAAGUCCUGCCCUCGACCUUGUUCUACCUGUGUGCAAUUUUCCAGGACCUGCAUCUAUACAUCCCAGACUCCUAGCAGGAAAAAUUCCAGCGCCCCAAGUACCGACAGCUCGCCAUCUGAAGCAAUUUCUGCUCCAGAGUCGGCGUGCCCCGCAGAGACUCCAGUCGCGACGUCUCAGACCCAUUCAUCUAUUGCAUCCACCGGAUACACCAGUGCGUCGCGUCCUGAUCUUAAUGAUGUAUGUCUCCAACUGGGGAAGCUCAGCAUCACCGAGCGGGUCGGCGGUGUAUUACGACCGGACAUGGUCAGAAUACUAGACGCCAUCCUUUCCAAAGGAGGAACACCGCAAAAUGAUAGACCACAGCAACCAGAAAUGAAUGCCCUUUGUACCCCGCUAGUCGCUUGGUUCAAGCCUCUCCCUCUGGUUUCCCUCAUUCGCCCAGGCCCGGCGACCGGCGAAGAACCCCCAUACUUUCCCACACGCGCAGAAUGUGACAUUUUUGCACACCAAUACUUCCUGGCAGUCGAUCCUAUCGCACACCUACUUCACAAAGUUUCAUUCGAACCACAAGUCGAUGAAGUUUACGAGAACCUACACCACCCAGGACUAAUGGCGACGAAGACAUUGAUCUUGGCGGUAUGCUUCGCUGCCGCAACUAGCAUGCCGUUUCUUCAAGUUCAGUCAAAGCUCAUGAUGUCGAAACCUGCCUUGAUACCCCAAUGUCGCGCGGAGAUAUCUCGGUCCCAUUCCGUUUUCGUUGGAGCCCUUAUCCGCUCAGCGCAGAUGGCCAGACUUGAUGAACUAUCAACGGGAGGCAACCCUGGCCAGAUUCAGUUGAGACGACUAGUGUGGCAUCAGCUCGCAUUUUACGAUCUCAGGACAGCCGAAGCUCAAGGGCCAAGCCCAAUGCUCACCUCGUAUACUGGAGAGAUGCAAUACCCUGUCAAUAUAGCUGAUCAGGAUCUGAACGUCGCACUCGACGUAUCCCAGAACUUCGAAUUCACCCAAUCUACUUUCUCGUUGAUUCGAUACGAAUGCUACGACAUCCAUAGACAGAUCUUUCGUGACCGCGAGAGGAUCAGACGAGGGCAAGUGGCUUUUCCAGACGUUUUACAGUCCAUUGAUCAAAGGCGACUUCACGUCGAAGAUACCUACCUGAAAUUUCUGGACGAAGGAGUGCCGGUGCAGAAGUGCGCAAAAAUGGUUGCUAGACUGCUGCUUGCUCGAUGUGUGACAAUGACAGUGUACGAGCAAGUCGUGAAGCAUGGUGAUCGCGUACUGCGCGAGAGGUACAUCCAAUCCGCUCUGACCAUAAUUGAAAGCGGAGCGCUGCUAGAGACAGAUCCAGACCUCGCACCAUGGGCGUGGUAUGCCGGAGCGUAUCAGCAAUACCACAGUCUAUUCUCCCUUCUCAUGGACCUUUACCAGGACCCAAACAUGGCCGAUCGCGAGAGGAUUCUUGCCAUGGCGGACCAUGUCUUUGGUAGCUCGGAAGCCAUGAGCAGCCACGAUAGAUGUGGAAUGGUGAUACGAACCAUCAGGGACAAACUAGAGGUUCUUCUGACCUCACGAGGUUUCAGCAAUGUCACGGAAACCCCGGUGGUGGUGCUUGGAGAUGAUUCGCAAUCUCCGCUUUCUGAGCAAUUAGCAUGGGGGGAGGGCGGCUUCGCCGGAGACGACCAGUUCGCGGAAUACCUGGACAGUAUCGAUUUUAGUAAUUCGUGGUGGCAACUAUCAUCCUGA